AGAGCUCGAGAGCUUCUCCUUUAAUCAAUUUCUGAGCCAAAUAUAUGUCUUGUCCAUUUGCGUUAGUAAAUGUACAUCUCGUGUCGUUAUGAUAAUUCUACUUCAUGACCAAACCAAUCAUGAUUUCCAGCUAUUGCAUUGAUUUGUUCCACUUCAUCUGUACUGUCCAUGAUGGCAGGUACCCUUCUACGUCAAAUCUUUUUUUUUUUAUCAGACUGAUACCUCCGUCAGCACUGCUUAUUUGAGAUAACAUUUGCGCUUUAUCAGAUAACAUUUGCUUCGCGCCUGAAAGUUGAAUUCGUAUAUCAGUACAUACUGCUGGCCCUGGACGUGAAGAAACAGACAUACCGCCGGCCAGGAAGGAAAGGACAGAGACCAUCCAAUAGAUUAUAACAAUGACUUGUUGGCGGAAAGGUCGAAGUCUGUUGGAAGAUAAAAGAAUAUUUCCGAGCUCUUUCUUCUCACUUCUGAAAAAUAUCUCCAAAACUAAAGAAAAGCCAUGGCAAAAUCUCUCGUCGUCUUCUCUCUCCUCCUCCUCCUCCUCCUCCUCCUCCUCCCCAUCUCCCCCCUAACCGCUCACCCGAACACCCCGAACCCAAAACCGAGCCCAUCUCCGGCACACACUGACCUCACCAACUACGGCUUCCCAAUCGGACUCCUCCCCACCGCCGUCAAGAACUACACCAUCAACCGCACCACCGGCGACUUCAUCGUCGACCUCGGCAGCACGUGCAAGGUCACCCUCCCUUCCGACAACGUGGCCACCUACUCGAAGAAAAUCACCGGAAAGAUCGUCGUGGGCAAAAUCGCCAAGAUCAACGGUAUCAGCGUCCGGGCCUUCUUCCGGUGGCAGCCGAUCACCGCAAUCCGGUCGAGCGGCGACAACUUGGUGUUCGAGAUCGGCACGGUCUCCGUCAAGUACCCCACUAAGAACUUCGAAGAGAGCCCCGCUUGCGAGGGCCGCCACUCCUCUUAGCAGGUCUCUAGUUGCGAUGCCUCUCGUAUGCGAGUCGUGACGAAUGACGAUGCCCAGUUGUCGACUCGAAGUCGAAGACCGAUGCUAUUUAAGUAAAUCAAAUCUUUUUUUUUUUUGGUCAAAUGAUAGAUUUUGUUAGAUUAAUCACUAAUGGAAUUGAAUCCACACCGUCAUGCAAUGGUUCAACAUCUUACCUAAUUUAAGCAAAUGAAACUAGUUACAAAGACAUUUGUAUGAACCGAACAAUGCAAAAGGGCAAUAAGUGAUCCUUCUGUCUUGUAUGUAUACAGUAUAUAUGCCACGGCCUGCAAUGUUGCAACUUUCUUUCCGUUUGA